AUUCUCUCAAACAAGAGGGGUUUGGAUUGUGGUCUGUCAUCGGUCAAGAUGACGUCCGAACAUAGACUUGGGCCUCAAGAGGCGAUUUCAUCAACCCAGAUACCUUCUCUGACGCGGACUCAACCAUUUCACAGCCGGUUACCGAUUCCUUGGCUUCGCUGCGAUCAAGCGUUCUUCAGCAUCAGAUUGAGAAUGGCCGUACAUAUCACUCAAUGAGUGCUGGAAAAUACGCAUACCCCAACGAUCAAAGCGAGAACGAGCGUCUGGAGAUCCAGCACAAUGUCUGGCUCCUCACUCUGCGUGGAAGUCUGGCACUCUGCCCCAAGGGUAAUGAGGCAGCAAAGAGAGUUCUUGAUGUAGGCACUGGAACAGGGUGUUGGGCUAUUGAAUAUGCCGAUGCUUUUCCACAGUCGGAAGUCAUUGGCGUGGAUCUGAGCCCAACUCAGCCGACUAUGGUACCUAUCAACUGCACAUUUGAAAUUGACGAUCUCGAAAAAGAUUGGAUUUGGGCAAAACCCUUUGAUUUCGUCUUUAGCCGCGUCAUGGCGGGUAGUUUCGAAGAUUACGAUGCUUUCAUCUCCAAAGCCUACAAGGCCCUCGAGCCAGGAGGGUGGUUCGAAAUGCAAGACAUAGUCCUCCCCUACAAAUCCGACGACGGCACCCUCCACGCAGACCUCGAGCUCGCCAAACUAGGCCACUACUUUUGCGAAGCCAGUAAAAUCCUCGGCCGCUCAGUCGAAGCCCCGCGUCAUUACAAAAGCAUGAUGCAAAAAGCAGGCUUCAUCAACAUUGUUAAGCGUCACUUCAAAUGGCCUCUCAACGCAUGGGCCAAAGACCCUUACUACAAGGAGAUUGGCGCUUGGAGCUUUGCUAACCUUGAUGGUGGGCUUGAGGGCUUGACUUUGGCGCUGUUCACGAGGGGGAUGAAGUGGACUAAGGAGGAGACUAUGACUUUUUGUGCGGAGGUGCGCAAGCACCUGAGGGAUCCUAGGAUCCAUGCCUAUCUUCCUGUUAUUGUUGUUUAUGGGCAGAGGGCAGAGUCAGCCUCUACUGACGAAUAAGCGUUGAGUAUCGAGUUCACAACCUGACAUAGUAAUAAACUAUCUGACUAGUUCAAAACUUAGUGUCGUCUUCCCAACCUUGGAGGUGAUACUCUGCUUGGUUUUCGUUUCUCUGUUCUAUCAGCCCGAAUUUCAUAUC